UUAUCAGUUCCUUGCUUGAAUUAGCGGAUGCAAAUAGAUACUAUGUGUGACUCGGCAUUGAGCGAGGGAGCAUAAAAUGGCGGCGUGAUUGGCCUUCUGUCUCUGUGAGCCGCCAUUUUGUCAUCCAAGCAAAAUACCAAGUGCGAAAAGGAAUCCAUGUCCAUCGCCUUAUUUGUGGAAAUGCAAACUUUAGCUGGUUAUUCUGAUAUUUUGUCACAUAAAUUGUCUUCGGAUAUUGAUAGAAAACAAUAACAAAGGUGUGGCUGACUAGGGCUCUUUAAAUGUGCAAAAAGUAGCUACAAAAGAGUCUAUUAACUUGCCGCCUUUUAUUUGCAAAUUUUUCAUUUGUAGAUACUGUGGAAAAUCGAGAAAAUCGUGAUCAAGUCGAGCAUGAUUUUAGCUAGAGGUUUUUACGUUAUUCGUUUGCCCUAAUAAUAGUAUAAAAAUAAUACUUAAUUUUUACAUGCAGAGGUUUUUGCGUCACUCGUUUCCUUUGCUCCAAGCAUACAAAGCUUUCUGUGUCGCAAAAGCAUGCGAGCGUUGCAAUCGUUUGGCAAGUAAACCCAAGUUUGUAGUAUAAUUCUCGGGAACCCGAAAAUAUAAGUUGUGGACCAAUUUGGAAUAUACACUUUGUGAUAUAGGUUUUUUUUCUUAGCAUAAUAAAACGCAUUGUGACUAAGCUGAACCGACUAUGCUAAAUGAUAUAAGAAACAUUAAUCUGUUUUCAUUAUAAAAGGUGUCAAGGGUAUAAAAAAAAUCGGCCUCCGGCGUUAAUCAUAUUUUAGUCAGGCGCCAUUUUCAUUUCAAUCUCAUUAGAUAAAUAAAUAUUAAAAUUUACAGAGGGAUAUGUUUGACGCCUGAUUUUUUUACUAUGUGCGCGUAUGCACAUAUAACAAAAAUAACGAUUUUAGUUGUGUUUAUGUGAUUAAAGGUGUUUUAUUUCUAAAUUUACAAGUAUAUUUUUUUACAAAAAUUUGCGCGCCAGUCUUUGUUUGCAAAACGAAGGCUUCGCAAAGGUAAGCAAACAAACGAUUACAUACGUCAAAAUUCUUUUAUGCUCCAAUAUAAAGGCUAAAACACUAAGCUCUAAACCUACUUCUAAUUUGAUAUCUAUUUUUCCGAGUUGUAAGAGUCUCAUUAGAGUUUAACCCCGAAUUAACCCUACUACCUUUUAAUUAUAUCGUAAACAUUCAACUUUACCAUCGGACCUCGUGGCCAAGUGGCUUCCAGGCUCAUAUAUAACACCUUUUUGUUUUCACUGAAAUGAUUCUUCUAUCUCAUUUUGUGUUUGUUAUAGUCGGUGGUUUUAUUUGCUGACUCCAUUUCUGUCUCUGGUCUUUAUUGGCUCUCGUUUUAUUUGAAGGAAAAGACAAUAAGAUGUGUGUAAUUAACUACAUAAACAUCCAUGGGCAGCAUUGUGCGUGUACUUCUAAACACACCAGAGAAGUGAGUUUUGAGAGCCGUCUCACCACGUAAGCUAUAUUAUGCCAUUUAUCAUUUCAGCUCCUGGAAUUGAGUUAACUAUUGUUUGAGCUUACAACAGAGGGCUGUUGAGAAUCUUUGUAGCCUAGAAAAACCGGUCUUUGGUGCUACCAUUCAGCUUUUCGUCUUUGACAACAGACAUUGCGUUCCCGCAUGAUGGCAAAGAUGGCUAAGACAGUUAUACCUCUGCUGUUUUGCUUUCUCGUUAAUUCCGCAACUGAGUCUGAAGAACUCUUGAGAAACGACCCAUCAGUAGUGGAGCCAGAAAGGCCACAAAUUCAAGACACAAGGCCUGGGGUCUUCUCUAUGAAGGCACGCGAAGCACUCGCCAUUAUCGACAAGAUUCGCACCGAACAACCCGACUGCGACCGCGUAAGACACAUGGAUGUCCUCGACAUCCAGUACCAAAACACUAUCUAUAAACUGCAAGCGGCCAUGUCCAUCCGGACGGCCAAUUUGGUAUCAGACAUGCUCCCUACAGGGUCGGCUAAAACACUUCCAAACCGACCAAAUACCUCUACCUUUUUGACAAACCCGGAACUCCUGUACAGUAUCGUUCGCAACAAUGUUGAAAGUGAUGCCUUGAUAUUUGGGUCUGGGAUUAUGUUUGUUAGCUAUCCUGGUGCAAAUAACUCUUGGUAUGCGCCGUAUGCGUACAGAAAUUUAUGGGACCCAUAUAUAAAAGUCAAGGAUUUGUCAACAACAUGGAGUUAUCUCCAUGAGAAAUUUGUAUCUUUUAUGAUGGCCAAGUCCAAAGAUCGACCUUUUCCUGCCAGAAAGACUUACUACUAUGAAAGGAGGAACAGCUCGUCAGAUUUCCCGCCGGUUCUCCUGAAUCACUCAUUUGCGGGACCACUGGAUGGAUUGUGGACUCGCCCGUAUUAUGAGUGUACAACCUCCCAGGUUUGGCUCAUCACGUACACGGUACCAAUCAUAGGGAACUGGGACCCAAGAGGACCGGUUGCGUUUUUGGGUGUGACAACCAUCGAUAUCGAGCUGACUAAUGUGGAUAUUAACCAGUGCGAGGAGACUUUAGGAGGGACUUUUCAAUUUGGGGUGUUUGCUGGGACUCAUCACUGUAAAAAUGAAACAACACAGUGCGUGCCGGUAACAGGGCGUGGUUUUCGCGCCGGUUCCUACAAAUGUAUCUGUAAGCCUGGCUACUAUUUCCCCCUCCUUACCCCCCAGAAGUACUUCAAUGGUACAGAUAUUGAACGCUACGCGAGCGACAACCAGAGCGAGUACUACACUAAGGCCGGCUCCUUUGAAUGCUUGCCUUGCAAAAAGGGCUGUACGACAUGCGUGGAUAACUCACCAUGCUUAGUCACGCUGAAUUGGUCUCUGCGUCACGCAAUGAUAGCACUUACGUUACUCACGGUGACUGUAACGCUAGGAAUUGCAGCCUUUGUGGUGUAUUACAGAGAAAUAAAGGUCGUGAAAACAGCUAGUCCCCAGUUCCUGUGCAUGAUAAUUUGUGGGACAGUGUUGAUGUAUUUGGAGAUCCUUGCUUCAUAUCCGGAACCCGUCAAUCAUCUGUGUAUCGUACGAUUGUGGUUUCGCCAUAUUGGUUUUGGACUAGCAUACACUUCACUUCUGCUAAAAACGUGGAGGGUCGCAGUCAUAUUUCGUGUCAAAUCAGCGCAAAAAGUCCGCCUGACAGACCGCCACCUGAUGUAGCGCCUCGUCCCCAUACUGGCCGUGUAUCUCGUAUACCUGCUGGCCUGGUCACUAGCAGCUCCAAGUCAUGUGGUCGAAAUUAAUAACCACGUGGGUCGCAAGUUCGCCAUGUGCUCAUUUGAUUGGUGGGAUCAUGCUAUAUUGAUAUUUGAGGUGAUGUUCCUGUUUUGGGGGAUACGGUUGUGCUACAAUGUGCGCAAGGCGCCGUCUGCGUUUAACGAGAGCAAGUUUAUAAGCUGGUCCAUCUACAAUAUGACAGUAGUUACACUGUUCCUCAAGAUUACAAGUUUGUUUAUAAUCAAUGUUGCCGGACCAGACAUGUUGUACUUGAUGGAGUUCUUUCGAGUGCAAUUGACCGUCACCCCACUACUAGGCAUGGUGUUUGUCCCAAAGAUAUUUCGAGUGUUACGAGGCCGAGGUGACAUGUGCGACACCAGCGGUCGUAUGACAUCCGCCAAAGGAAUCAGACUAAGAAACGUCCACGCGGCCGCAAGCUCAGAUGCUACUAUCAACCUCGGUCAGCAGAAUGAGGAGCUAAAGGCGGAGAUCAGAAAACUGUAUUCGCAGAUGGAACUGAUCAAGAACGCAAACAUGGAGGCGGGAAACAGACAUCUCUGCAAGUCAACAACACAGCUAUUGAACUCGUCCAACCUUUCCCUAUCCUCUCUGAGUUUUAUCGAUAACAACGGUGUUAGCAGCUACGACGUUCAAGAGAAAUCAAAAAGAUCCUCAACUCCAACUCCGCCAUCACCAUCUCUGCCAUCGUCUCCAUCAAACGUCAGAGAUCAGACUAUUGCUGAAUUUGUGUGAGGUAUAAUGUAUCAUCAUCACAAUCGCAAUCUUAACGACAAUAAUCACAUUAAUCACCAUCAUUACCCUCAUCAUUAUCAUAAUCAACAACAACAACAACAAAAAGGCUAAAAUUGUUUAACGAGCGAUAUCAGAUCGUCACUAAAUAUAUGCAAGGGACAUCAUAAUCACACAAUAUAUAUAUCACAAAUUAUCGUCACUGUCACCAUCACCACAGUUAUCGUCACUAUCACCACCAUUACACAUCACAAUUAUCAUUACUGUCACCAUCACCACAAUUAUCAUCACUAUCACCACCAUUACACAUCACAAUUAUCAUUACUGUCACCAUCACCACAAUUAUCAUCACCAUCACCAUCAUUACACUUCACAAUUAUCAUUACUGUCACCAACAACACAAUUAUUAUCACUAUCACCAUCAUCAACCAUCAUCACAAUUAUUAACACUAUUACCAUUAUCAACAAUCAUCACAAUUAUCAACACUAU